UUCUUAAAAGUAUGAGUUACAAUUAUUGAAUUGAACGAAAUAGAAUCGACAUAAACAAAAUUCACAGAAUGCAGCUAAUCAAAAGCUUACUGCUGGUGCAGCUGGCGGUGCUCCUGGUGGACGUGGCCCUCGCCGGCCGGGACUUUUACAAAAUUCUCAAUGUGCAGCGCAAUGCCAACACAAAUGAAAUUAAGAAGGCGUACCGCAGGCUGGCUAAGGAGCUGCAUCCGGAUAAGAACAAGGACGAUCCGAGUGCGUCGACCAAGUUCCAGGACCUGGGCGCCGCCUACGAGGUGCUAUCGAAUGCCGACAAGCGGAAGACCUACGACCGGUGUGGCGAGGACUGCCUGAAGAAGGAGGGCAUGAUGGACCAUGGCGGCGAUCCGUUCGCUAGCUUCUUCGGCGACUUUGGCUUUCCCUUUGGCAAUGGGGAUCAGCACCAGCAGGACACGCUACGGGGGGCGGACAUCGUCAUGAGCAUGUACGUGUCGCUGGAGGAGCUCUACUCGGGCAACUUUGUGGAGAUCGUGCGGAACAAGCCGGUAAUGAAGCCCGCCUCGGGCACACGCAAGUGCAAUUGCCGCCAGGAGAUGGUCACCAGGAAUCUGGGCCCUGGCCGCUUCCAGAUGAUCCAGCAGACGGUCUGCGACGAGUGCCCGAACGUGAAGCUAGUCAACGAGGAGCGCACGCUCGAGAUCGAGGUAGAGCAGGGCAUGGUCGAUGGACAGGAGACGCGCUUCGUGGCCGAGGGAGAGCCUCACAUUGACGGCGAGCCCGGAGACCUGCUGGUGCGUGUCCAGCAGAUGCCCCAUCCGCGAUUCCAACGCAAGGGCGACGAUCUGUACACGAAUGUGACCAUCAGUCUGCAGGAUGCUCUGAUUGGCUUUAGCAUGGACAUCAAGCACUUGGACGGUCAUCUGGUGCCGGUGAUGCGCGAGAAAAUCACGUGGCCCGGAGCACGCAUUCGUAAGAAGGGCGAGGGCAUGCCCAACUUUGAGAACAACAACUUGUUUGGUUUUCUGUACAUCACCUUCGAUGUGGAUUUCCCCAAGAAGGAUUUGACGGAAGAGGACAAGGAAGCGCUCAAGAAAAUACUCGACCAAUCGUCCAUCAAUCGCGUCUACAAUGGACUGUGAAUCCCGCCCCGAUUGGCAGGGAUGAUCGCUCUCCGGCUGUACCCUAGUAUUUAAAUGUCUACAUAACUAUGCGAUUUCGGUUCGGAAAACGCCCACUUUAAGAUGACUUUGUUCCAGAAAGUUGUGCGAUAAAAAAAUGUAAUUUUAGUUUAGAAAUUUGUAAAAUAGCAGAUGGAAAACUAUUUGCAGUUCCUGCCCCUACAACAACAAAAACGGAAUUGCAGGACAACCACCCCACAAGAAAUAAAAAAAACAUUCAAAUUA